UCAUUUCAUUUGAUUAUUACGUUAGUGCGCGCAAUAACUACUCCGCCACCUUCCUCUCUCCUCCGAUCCCCUCCCACCGAGGAGACGCCGCCAUUUAUUUCCUCCGUAGAUUUUACACGACAUUCCCCACCUCUCUCCUCUCCUCACAUCCUCUGCUACCUUCCCUCUCCUUCUCUGCCGCCGCUUCCGCGGUUGCGUCUGGCCCCGGCGCCGUCUGCUUCCCUUGCUCGCCCCGUCGCCGCUCCUCGCUCUCUCUUUACUCCAACUGCUCCCACUCGCUCCCCAACCACCUCCCACCUCUGUCUCCACUCCAUCUCCACACGUGGCCGCGCUGAAAGCGGCGGUGCGUGCCCGGGCAGCCAAGCACCAGCGCCGCGCCAUGGCUCCGUGAAUUCGCUCGCCCGCCGCGAUCAAGCCAGGGUUGAUAGUUACUCAGUUGCGGGUUUGGCGCGAGCUCGGUGCCACCGCUUAGACUUGGCCAUGACGAGGCACUGUGCUGAGGCGGCGGCGGCGACGGCGCCGAGCCUCCUCCGAGUCCUCCUUGCCUUGCACUGCGGGGUGCUGUUCCUGCAAUGCUCGGCAGCAUCUGCCAUGGGCGGCGACGGAAGCUGUCAAACUCAUCUCUCAAGGGAUUCAUCGCACCUGAACUUGGGCGGCUUAGUUUCUUGCAAGAGCUGUAUUUGGACCAUAACCUGCUCUUUGGUACAAUUCCAAAACUAAUUGGCUCACUGAAGAACCUGAGGGUUCUGGACUUGAGCGUCAAUCGACUCACUGGACCGAUCCCUUCCGAAUUAGGUGGCUUGAGCAGUGUGAGCAUAGUAAAUUUCCAUUCCAAUGGGUUGACUGGGAAUAUACCGUCGGAGCUGGGAAAAUUACAGAAUCUCGUCGAACUUAGGUUGGAUAGGAAUAGAUUGAAGGGAUCAAUUCCAGGAAGCAAUACUGCCAGUUUUUCUCCUGCUUCAAAUAUUGGAUCCACAGCUCACAAUGGACUAUGCCCUUCUUCCCGAUUAUAUGUUGCGGAUUUUUCUUACAACUUUCUUGUCGGAAAAAUUCCAUCCUGCUUGAAAUAUCUUCCAAGGUCAAGUUUCCAAGGGAACUGCUUCCAGGAUGAGUACUCUGUCCAACAACGACCUUUGCAAAUUUGUACAAGUGGUUCUACUGGCCAGCAAGGUGUCAUAUACGGAUCCAAACAUCCUGGCCAUAAACAUGAAAAAAUGGAGCAACCAAUUUGGCUUCUUGCUUUAGAAAUCGCAACUGGUGUUCUUCUGGUUGUUUUUGUGAUUACUGGUAUAGUUACUGCUUCCAGAAGUUGCAAGCUGAAGCCUUCUAUAAGAAUAUCAUCAUGGAAUCGAUCGAAAAGUUGGAGCGACGAGAUAACAGUGUUGAUUGAUUCUGAUAUGCUGAAAAGUCUACCAAAAUUAAGUCGCCAGGAGCUUGAAGUGGCCUGUGAGGAUUUUAGCAACAUCAUUGGCUCAACUCCAGAGACGGUAGUCUACAAAGGAACCAUGAAGGAUGGACCUGAAGUUUCUGUGAUAUCGUUGUGCGCCUUCGAAGGUCAUUGGACUAGCCACCAUGAACUCUUUUACCAAAACAAGGUCAUUGAUCUGGCAAGAUUGAAUCAUGAGAACAUAGCAAAGUUCUUAGGGUACUGCAGGGAGAGUGAUCCAUUCUCUCGGAUGCUAGUCUUCGAGUACGCACCAAAUGGGACGUUAUUUGAGCAUCUACAUUAUGGAGAGGGAGGCCAAUUUUCUUGGCUCAGGCGAAUGAAGAUAGCCAUUGGAAUUGCCCAGGGGUUAAGAUACCUGCACACGGAGCUGCAGCCCCCAUUUGCUAUAUCUGAGCUGAAUUCGAACUCCGUGUAUGUUACGGAAGAUUUUACUCCAAAGCUGGUGGAUUUUGAAUGCUGGAAAAUGAUGUUCUCGAGACACUCCAUCUCGAGAGACGAGAAGGCUCGUGGGCACUUGAACAGCAAAUCCUCUUUUCCCGGCCACGGGGAUUCUGCAGCGGAUAGACAAGCCGAUGAUAUCCAGGCCAACACCUUCGCUUUCGGAGUGAUUUUACUGGAGAUCAUCAGCGGGCGGCUUCCAUACUGCAAGGAUAAAGGCUAUUUGGUCGACUGGGCGAGCAAGUACCUCCAGCAGGCAGAGGAGAUCGGGAAGCUGGUGGACCCGGAGCUGGGCAGCGUGCGGAGCGAGGACCUGGCGGUGCUGUGCAGCGUGGUGAGCCGGUGCAUCGACCCGGACCCGUCGAAGCGGCCGUCGAUGCAGAUCAUCACGGGCGUGCUGGAGAACGGGAUCGACCUGUCGGCGGCCGCCAUCCUCAAGGAGUCGUCGCUGGCGUGGGCCGAGCUCGCCCUCGCCUUGUGACACGCUCUACUCCCACCACCUUUGUGAAUCCAUACGGCUGCUGAUUGAUUUCCUUGACUGGCGUAGGGUUUGCUGCCGGUCUCAACUGAGCAGCCGUUUCGUAUGAAUGAAUGAAACCUGAAAGGCCAUAUGUAUGUUCUUUUCAUCCAUCCGUUCGUUCUACACAUCCAUCCCGCACAGAUCAUUUGUUUUUUUUUUUUUUGCUCCAAUCUAUUUUAGGUUCAGAAAACAGUGUCGGCAAAAGAAUUAUCCGGUAAAA